AUGAAUCGCGUGUUCUUCCGUGCAGCCCACUCAGCUGCUGCUCGAAAAGCACUUCUGGAGAAAAUCAUACGGGUGGAUCACGCCGGCGAACUUGGAGCAGAUCGUAUUUAUGCUGGACAAAUGGCUGUUCUUCAAGGAUCUCCCGUUGCCUCCGUGAUAAAGAAGAUGUGGGAUGAAGAAAAACAUCACUUGGACAUUAUGGAAAGACUCGCUGCGAAGCACGAUGUCCCUCAUACUGUUUUCCAGCCGAUCUUCAGUGUCGCAGCAUAUGCCCUAGGUGUGGGCACAGCACUUCUUGGUAAAGAAGGAGCCAUGGCAUGUACGGUUGCUGUAGAAGAGGUGAUCGGACAACAUUAUAACGACCAGUUGAAAGAACUAAUCGCCGACGAUCCGGAAGCCCAUAAAGAUCUUCUCGAAACACUUACGAAGCUGCGAGAUGAUGAAGUAAAUCACCAUGAUACUGGGGUCAAAUAUGAUGGACCCAAGGUAAUAUUAGUUCCAGACGAACUGCAUUACCUGUAA